UGCGCAAACUGGAGCGCGGCGGCCGCAAAAGGAAACCUUCCGGUACGUUGCCGCCGCCGUUGAAGGGAGGAAUGGGCGGAGUGCAACGGGUCUAGUCGCCCCGCCCCUAAUCUGAGCUCGCGGGUGCCCCUGAGCGCGUGCAGAGUGCCAUUUCCCUUCCGGGCAGAGCAGCCCGUAGGCGGCGUCGGGUCGGAAUUGGGGUGCCCUAGCAGCCCGUCGCGGGGCUCCUCCUUCCGCUGCAGCCCCAGCUGUCCGGACGAUGCUGGGCACAGCGGAGGCUGAGGGUGAGCCGGAUGGCUCUGCCCCGCAGCCUCGGCUGUUCUUCCAGCGGGAGGACGGCAGUCCCCUGAGCUUCUACGUGCGCCCCGGGGCAGCCAAAGUGGAGCUGGCCCCGCUGAUCCUGCGCCACGGCGGGCGCCUGUGCCGCAUACAGGAGCCGGGCGCGGUGCUGCUGGCCCGGCCGGGAGAGGUGCCGCCGAGAGCUUCGGGGGUCUUCAUCUCCGCCAGCUACGUCGCCGACUGCGUGGCUCGCCAGGAGCUCCUGCCGCUGGAGACAUACCGCCUGCAAACGCCGCCGGUCACCGCGGACACGGGCGCUGCCAGUGCCGAGGGCCGACUGCCCUUCAGCGAGGCAGAAGACCGGGCUAUCCUGCUGCACCUGCGGAGGAACAAGAGAGGCGGCAGGCAGGCAGCCGCCAGUGGCAACGCUGUCUGGAAGGAGAUGGAGGAGGCCCGAGUGACGCCGCACUCCUGGCAGGCCAUGCGCGACCGCUACCUGAAGCACCUGCGGGGCAAGGAAAACCUCUGGCUGCCUGCCCAGAGAUGCAAGCUCAGAAGCUCGUCUGAAUCUUCUGCUGCAGCCUCCCAAAGUAAGGAAGUCGAGGAUUUCCCCCAGCCAGAGGAUCAAAGCCACACUGCGGAAGGAUCAAAGGGAGACAGUGAGAGCCCCAGCUCCACAGAAGACACCUUUUCAGAACACAUGGAGCUCAAGUCCUCUGAAGAACAAGCACCUCCUGAUCCCAAAACCAGGGUGCUUGAGUUUGUAUCUGGUGGAGAUUCUGCUGGGCCCCCAAGCCAGCCCCCAGUGGCAGAGCAGCAGCCUGCAGCCCCCUCAGCUGUGGAGGUGGCCACGGCAGUGGAAGACAUAAAGCAUUUCAUGGAGAAGUUUGACGUGGACCUGACAACUGUGACACAAGCUUUUUUGAAAAACAGUGGGGAAGUGGCAGCUGUGGAAUGUUGCCUGCAGACGGGGCAGUGCUUGGGUGGCUGCCCUCUUUGGAGCACACAGGAUGAUGUGGACUUGCUGAAGGGGGAUGACGACCUCAGAAGCGAGCUAGUGGCAAAAUACGGAGCAGAGAAUGUGAACAGGCGUGUGGCAUUCAGGAAAAGUUAGCUUGCGACAGCCGUGGUUUACUGUAGGAGGGCAGCAAACAGCCCUCUUCCUUCUCACCCACAUUUCUUCAGAGGGAGUUUUCUGAGUGUCAGGCUAGAAGAGGGAAAGUGUCUGGAGGCCAGCAACCUGCAGUUACUGUCUUCUAUGACUGAAAGCACAGCAAGCUGUUGUGAUGGAGACACCAUUCUUUGAGACUUCUCCUCACAAAGCCUUUAUUUGCUUCACAAGAGAUUUCUGUGGACCUGACACAAUCAGCCUCUUUAUUCUCCCUUCACCAGCUUGCCUUACGUUGAAACUUAGGUGUGGCAGUGGCUGAUUCUGAGGUACUUGGCAACAGACAGCCACACAUUUUCUGCUCGGCUUUAGCCAACCCCCUAAAGUUGGAGCAUGGCUUGGGUCUUCCUGUGGGGUCAUGUGUGUCCCCCCUCUCCAAAAGUGCUUCUACCCAGUCAAGAAUACUCAGUAGCACUGAUGCACUUAGUCACUGGAAUGAUAUCUGGAGCCAGAACACCCCCACUU